UGGAAGAAUGGGCGUCGUGCCUUCCUAAGACCCGGUGCGCCCUGGGCGCACGGCUAGGGAAGGGGCGCCCGGGCCGGCCUUUCCCGGGUCCCAGAGCGGGCGCGGCGCCUUACGUGGGGCGGCCGGGGGCGAUUGUGACACGGGCGGGCGGCCGGGCGGCCUUGCAGCGGGGGUCCCAGCGCCGCGGGCCAGCCAGGCGGGAUGGAGCGCCAAGAGCAGCCGAGCGGGAGCCCGGCGCGGAGGAGCGGGCGAGGCCGGGGGCAGCGCGACGCCGAGCCCGAGGCGGUGGUGCAGCGCACGCAGGUGAUGCUGCUGGCCGGCGAGGCGUGGGAGCCCGAGGGCGCGCAGGCCGUGCUCAGCUCCUUCGCGCACCAGGUGCUGCCGCCCGCCGCCAACCCCUGCGAUCUGACCCGGCGCGCCCUGGGGACGCCCCCCGACGGCCAGCCGCCCUCCGCUUUGGUCCCUCCAGCGGGCCAGGCCAGCGGGCAGCUCAUCUUCUUCCUGUGCCGGCCGUCGUCGCUGCGGGAGCGGCUGCCGCGGCUGCGGGAGGUUCUCCAGGGCGUGCGGGAGCAGAGCCGCAGCGCCCCGGCCGCCCUAGUGGGCGUGAUCGUGCAGCCGGCGGAGGCCGAGGAGGCCGACGCCCGCGACCGCCUCCGGGAUCUCCUCCGCGAGGUCUUCGGGGCCGAGGGAGGCUCGCCGCCCGUCGAGGUGCACACGGCCAUCUUCAAGCCCGGCCGGCCCGAGGGCGCCCUCGAGGUCCAGCGCGUCGGCGGCAGCUUCUCCAGACCCCAAAUCUCCGCCAGCUCCAUGUGGCUGGACAAAUCAAAGUUGAUACAGAUUUUUGGAGCUAUGCUGUCAGCCGGGACAGUGGCGUACGGAGGCUAUUACUUCUACAACAACCCUCCCAUGUGAAGCACUCGGCCCUGCCAAUAAGGCCUCCCUUCCUACUUGGUUAAGUUCUUGUGCCCACCUGGAUUUUCAGCUGUCACCAAAAAUAAAAUAUUACAAAAAUCCAAAA